AUGGCGGCGGCGGCCGGGAGCGGCGCCGAGGCGGCGGCCAGGCGGGAGGGGGCGGCGGAAGAGGAGGAGACGGCGGCGCCCGCCGAGGAUGAGGAGGACGAGGAGGAGGACGGCGGCGGGAGCAGCAGCAGCGGCGGCGGCGGCUCCGCCAAGGCGGCGGCGGCCGGCGGCGAGAGCGAGGAGGGCGAGGAGGGUGAGGACGUGUUCGAGGUGGAGAAGAUCCUGGACGUGAAGACCGAGGGGGGUAAGGUUCUCUACAAAGUCCGGUGGAAAGGCUACACCUCUGACGAUGAUACCUGGGAACCAGAGAUUCAUUUGGAAGACUGCAAGGAAGUGCUGCUGGAAUUCAGAAAGAAAAUUGUGGACAAAUCUGUUAAAAAAGACAUCCAGAAACUUUCUCUAAGUGAUGAUGUAUUUGAUGCAGAAUCAGACAGUGACUGGCAAAGUGAAACAAAAGAAGAUAUUUCACCAAAGAAGAAAAAGAAAAAGUCAAAAGAUGGAGAGGAUAGAAGCCCAGAUGAGCUGAGGAAGAAAAAGUCUAAGUCUGUGAAGCUCAAAGAAAAACACAAAAUAGAACGUGCGAAUUCUUCAGAUAGUUUGGUUUCAGAUUCCAAACCAAAAAAAAGGACUUCAGAAACCAGGGAGGAUUCAAAAGAUCCGAAGAAGCAAAAGAAAGAAGAUGCUAAAGAAGUAAAGAAAAAGAAGGGAGAAUCUAAAGAUUUAAAAAUAAAAUCUAAAGAGGACUCUAAAAAAUCACGGAAGGAGAAGCAGGGAGACCUUCAGUUUGACUCAGAAUCAAGCACUUUAGAUGACUCAUUUUCUCAAGGAGCUGAUAUUGAAAAUUCAGAUUUAUAUUCUGAAAAUAAAGACAAGCAAAAGGUAAGAAGUGGAAAGGAGAGGCUGGGACAAGAAAUUGCUGAAAAGGAUUCCAUUUCCGAUAGGCAUCCUGAUGGAUCAGCUAGUAAUGAGGAUGAUAGUAUUGAAGUUAAGGUUAAAAGAAAGAAGAAGAAAAUUCAGAAAGCUGAAGAUUGUAAAGAGGAAGGUAGAAAAGCGGAGGGCUAUUUGGAGAAGAAAAGCAUGCACAAAAGGCAAAGAAGUCAAGAGAAAAUGAGAGCAGUGACUGCAGAUUUGGAGAAGGUGCCACCCGCAGCAGCACCGAAGGGUUGGAAAUCGGGCGCUGACGACAGGGGCCGCAGGGCGACUGAUCCCGCGGGGGAGGAGAAAGAAGUAAAAAAAAACGAGACAAAAGAAAAAUCCCAAAAAAGAGAAUCUGAGAAAGAAGAAAAGAGCAGAAGAGAACAGAAGGGCCUAAAAAGCUAUAAGGACAUCAAAAGCACAUUCGACUUGCUUAACGUAGCUUCAGAGGAGAAAAAUGACUUUUCUGAGAAUAACCGCAAAAGGGAAGAAUCCUGUCUGGACUACAAAUUUGUGGAAGAAUUAAAAUCAAAGGAGAGCAAGAUGCACAAGGAAAGGAGGAGCGUGAGGGACGAGACGGAUACGUGGGCCUACAUCGCGGCGGAGGGGGACCGAGAAGGGCUGGACGUCUGUCAGCUGGACGAGAGCUCUGAUGGCAAGCAGCAAGUCCUGAGUUUGGGUAUGGACAUGCAGUUAGAAUGGCUGACGCUCGAAGACUUUCAGAAGCAUCUUGAUGGAGAAGACGAGAAUCACAUCUCUGCAGAACCAAUAUCAAGUACUCUCCUGAGGGAUGCAGUUAAAAAUGGAGACUAUAUGACAGUGAAGAUGGCACUUUCUUCAAAUGAAGAAUAUAACCUGGAUCAAGAGGACUCCAGCGGGAUGACCCUCGUGAUGCUCGCAGCUGCCGGCGGGCACGACGACCUCCUGCGCGUCCUCAUCAGGAAGGGAGCUAAGGUGAACGGCAGGCAGAAGAAUGGAACGACUGCCCUCAUACACGCAGCUGAAAAGAACUUUCUCACCACGGUAGCCAUUCUGCUGGAAGCGGGAGCGUUCGUGAACACGCAGCAGAGCAGCGGCGAGACUGCCUUGAUGAAGGCGUGUAAGAGAGGGAAUUCUGAUAUCGUGCGGCUUAUGAUUGAAAGCGGAGCGGACUGUAACAUUUUGUCCAAGCACCAGAACAACGCGCUCCAUUUUGCUAAGCAGUGUAAUAACGUGCUGGUGUAUGAGCAGCUCAAGAACCACUUGGAAACGCUCUCGCGGGUGGCCGAGGACACCAUCCGGGAGUACUUCGAGGCCCGUCUCGCCCUGCUGGAGCCCGUCUUCCCCAUCGCCUGCCACCGACUCUGUGAGGGGCCCGACUUCUCCACGGACUUUAACUACAGACCUCCACAAAACGUGCCAGAAGGCUCGGGAAUUCUUCUGUUUGUUUUCCACGCAAAUUUCUUCGGUAAAGAAGUGAUCGCUCGGCUCUGUGGACCCUGCAGUGUGCAGGCUGUGGUUCUGAACGACAAAUUUCAGCUUCCUGUAUUUUUGGACAGUCACUUUAUUUAUUCCUUCAGCCCUACCGCAGGCCUCAACAAGCUCUUYAUCCGGCUGGCAGAAGCUCCCACUGCCAAGGUGAAGCUGCUGAUCGGGGCCUACCGAGUGCAGCUGCACUGACCCGYGCCCUGUGUCACACCGCACCGGGGCAGCACCCCGGCCUGCCUGCACGGCCUGCCCGCUGCUGCGUCGGGGCUCACAGAGCAGUCUGGGACUUCGUGGCCCUGCGCUGGGGCCGAAGCUGCCUCCUCAUCCUCAUCCCUGGCGGAAGGUGCCCGCUGGAGAGCGGCCCAUAGGCUGCUCUCGAGGGCAGGGCUGCCCGGCUCCCUGCUGGGGCGGCUUUGUACAGAUGUAGGUGUAAGUAUUUGUGCCAAUAUAUAUAGCUCUGUUUAACUUGUGGAGUCCAGACUGCCUAUUGGAGCUUUUCCACAAUGUGGAAUGGUGAUAUAAGAACUAUUUAAAGUAACUACAUAAAAUGUCUUUUUUAAUAGAAAGAACUACCAUUUGUAAACUAAACUUUUCUACUUGCCCGGACCUUGGUGUUUCUCAGUAAAACGGAGCAGUGUCUGUUCUUGGAGCUGUGAGGGCGAGGGCACGGCCUUAGCCGGGCUGCGCUCUGCUUUGAAGCACUUUCCUCUGCGAGAAGGCGGGUCCGUGUCCAGGCAGCCCCGGCUGAGGCUCUUUGCAGGCAGGAACACCACGAGCUCAGCAGGUUUCAGGCUGAGGGGACUGCAGUCGCUCCUGGCUACGCUGCUGCUUUAGGACUUAAUUUUGUACUAGAGAAGCAACUGACGGAUAGCUCUGCAGGCGUCUCAGCUCGUGAGCCCUUCAUGAAGUGACAGGCAGCAGCAAAUGGGGCCGAAAGGGCAGACCCGAGACCUUGGCCCUUGUGGGCAGCGCUUGGUGCUGCCUGAGGACGGCAGCUGUUGUCAGCCCCACGGGCAGGCGCUGCUGCCCCACACGGCGCCUCGGGGCAGGCGCUGCUGCCCCACACGGCGCCUCGGGGCACGGAGCCGCUCUCCAGCUGGCACUGCACGGACCCAGUUCCUCAGCUGACAGCAGCUCGGUAAGGGCUCUGUGCUGGCAAACACAGCUGUAGAACUUCAGCAUGAAGUACAGAGUAUUUUUGUUUGUAAAUUAAAACAACCUCUUGAAAAGUAAAGAGCUCCAGAUUGUGCCUUUGCUCCUCYGGCUGCUAGCUCUAGUUUACAUGCCGCUAUGUGCCUAUCUUGUUAACAAAACUGCUGCGGGUCAAUUCUUACUGUAUCUGAGUGCUCACCAUCAAAAUGGUGCAAAUAUGUAUUUUAAGAACUGUGACUUUUUAAUGUAAAGUUCAGUGAACCAAUUUUUAGUCUUUGGUUCUUGGAAGUUUAAAACUUUCAUAUUAAGAGAUGCCAAACUGUAGGAACUAAGGACACUAUUUCAAUUUUGU